AUGGUAGUUGUGUUCUUGUUCUUGCAAUUAUCUGUAUCUCUAUCGCCCGGUAUUUUAUAUUUAUUUAUUCUAUGUCUUUGUGAACAUCGAUUAGACACUUUGCUAGACUCGUUCCCAGGACUUUACACAAAUAAAAAACAUUUGGCGAGAUACUUCUCUAUAAUAAAAGUAGUAUUUUGUUUGUCUAUCUGCAAGAAAAGUGUCGUGCAACGGGUACACCUAAUAGCGUGCAAUUUAAAGACGAACAACCCCGUGGACUUUGCCACGGGCAAAGUGGAUCUUUUUCACAAUAUAGCUGCGAAAAAUAAGAGUCUGCCAAGCUGUAUGUUCAAUGUUUGUGUCACUCACUACUUAGUUAGCUGGCCGAGUUUAAUAAUGUAUUUAUGUUUUGUUUUGUGGCAUUUGUCUCGCAUUAUCACAUUUGGUCUGGUGGUAGUUUUAAACUAUGUCGGAUUGCCAGUCAUGUGGAGUAUCGCUUGUAGCUGUUCAUUUUACUUGUGUCUUCAACACAAAUGGAUGUACUUGUUUGUCAAGACCUUUCCAAGAGAUUUCAGAUUACUUGUUUUAAUUAUAAAGUUCAUUUUUCGGUUGGCUAUGUUGACUAAAGGAGGCAAAAAUACAGUCCCAGAAAUAUUUUCACAAACGGUUAAGAAAUUUCGAAAUAAAACUGCCAUUAUUUCAGCUGAUACAAAGCUGCAAAUGACAUUCAAAGAGGUUGAAGAUUUUGCUAACAAAAUUGCCAACGUGUUUUUAAAGUAUAACUUCACACGUGGCGACGUUGUAGGUAUUUACUUAUUGAAUGAAUUGGAAUAUGUUCCGAUUUGGUUGGGAUUAUCUAAAGUUGGGGUUGUAGCAUGUCUAAUAAAUACGAAUUUAAGCAACAAGUCUUUGCAACAUUCGGUGGAAAGCGGAAAUUGUAAAGCCAUAAUCACGCAAGCUGAACUAAGCGAAUUCAUUCAGAACAUACAGACUGCGUUGAAUCAGGAUAUUCUGUAUUUUAGUCUUGAUUCAAACGAAGCAUCUUCCAAAAAUGAAAAUAGUUUUAUACCUUUAAAAAGAGAACUAGUAGAUGUGACCAGCAUGGAACCAACGAAGCCAGUUGGUUUGACGCUUCACUCUCAUAUGCUAUAUAUAUUCACCUCUGGAACAACAGGUUUGCCCAAACCGGCUAUUCUACCUACCGUUAAAGUUUUGCAAGGAUUUUGUCUAUUUAAUGUUUCCACUAACGUGACACGAAAUGACGUUGUAUACAACGUCCUUCCGAUGUACCAUACUGGAGGUUCGAUCAUAUUCACUGGACAGAUGAUUCUAGCAGGAGCUACUAUGGUAAUCAGGCGAAAGUUUAGUGCAAGCGACUAUUUUAACGACUGUGUUAGAUACAACAUCACCUAUAUGUCUUACAUAGGCGAGAUGUGCAGAUACUUGUUGUUGCAGCCUGAGAAUGAGUGUGAACGAAGCCAUCAAAUUAGAUGCGCCGUUGGGAAUGGACUGCGUUCAUCUCUGUUUAAACCGUUCCGGAGACGGUUUGGUAUUAAAGAGAUUUACGAGUUCUACGGUGCGACAGAAGCAAAUUCAGGUUUUAUUAACACUGCUAAUAAGGAUGGUGCCAUAGGCUUCUUCCCUGUCAGUAUGUGGUUUCUUAACUUUAAAGGUUUAGUUAAAGUAAAUCCUGAAAAUGGUAGCAUAAUUCGCGACGCGAAUGGGCUGGCUAUAAAAUGCCAACCAGGUGAAGCUGGGCAGUUAGUAAACUGUAUUGGAAAGGGUCAGGAUUUUCAUGGAUACGUCGAUAAAAAGUCUUCAGAGAAAAAGAUAGCACGUGACAUUUUCCGACAUGGCGACGCAGUCUUUCUUUCUGGAGAUUUACUAACCCAAGAUUGCUUUGGAUUCUUGUACUUUAUUGACAGAUUAGGCGAUACAUUUCGAUGGAAAGGUGAAAACGUCUCCACCACAGAGGUUGAAAAUAUAAUCAGUAACUUUAUGAACUUUGAAGAGGCCCUGGUGUAUCCUGUUACCAUUCCAGGAUGCGAAGGAAAGGCUGGCAUGGCGUAUAUAAAAGUCAAAAGUCAGAGCUAUUUCAACAUUACGUCUAUUGCAGAACACAUGAAGCAAAACCUGCCAAAAUAUGCUAUUCCGUUGUUUAUUAGAACUGGGAGUCAUGUGUCGGUAACAGGAACACUGAAGCAUAACAAAAUUGUUCUCAAGGGUGAAGGGUAUGAUAUCAGCAAGUUAAAAGAUGACGAGCGGAUCUAUUUUUUUAACGCAGCAAAUGGAAAUUUUGUUGAAUUCACAUCACAGCAUUAUGAACAGCUUGUUGGGUUCGCUAAAUAA